GUGCUCGCCACUGCUUUUUUCAGAAUUAUUGUGUAAGUAGCACUCACUUUCAAGAAUAGACACAAUCAUAACUCCAAAUCUAGAGUGUAAUUCCCCGCCUGCAAGUGUCGCCACGAGCAAGUAAAAGCAAAACACGAACAUGGACCAGGACUUGCGACCCGGACGGGGACGAUCAUCAUGCCGCGCUGAUGCCAUGGACAACGUAUCAAAUGUAAAAUUGUCUGGGUCUGGAAGGUUGCAACUUGUGAUGCUGCAUUUGGAUUCCAAAAAAAUCUGUAUUGCAUGAGCAGCAAAGGGAGUGUAAUUUUUGCUAUGGGAAGAGGGCAUUUGUCAUGCGGAAUAGGCAUCCAGUUCCAGAAGCCCUCAAAAUAUCUCUGAUGCUUGGGCAUGCAUCACAGACAUCAUUGCUCAUGCAAAACUUGCAUGACAAGUCUCAGAAUCUUCCAGACCCAGACAUUUUUGCACUUGAUACAACGAGACAGCGCGCAAAAUCCAACGCCGAGCCCGUGCCCCGAGUCCGUAUCGGCUGGCUGCAGCCGUAUCAAAUGUAAAAAUGUCUGGGUCUGGAAACUUGUGCUGCUGGGUGGCGUCUCGUGAUGAGGCCACAAGUGCUGGCUCAGCAUGACAAGUUUCUGAGCUUCUAGGUGUUGCCUAUUCUGCAUGACAAACUGCGUUUCUGCAUCACACAGAAAAACGGAGCUCUUGGGUAACGUGCAUGACAGAUUUAAGAGUCAUGCCAGACAAGCAUGACAAACAUGCAUUCUUCCAGACCCAGACAUUUUUGCAUUUGAUAAGCCGGGCCGACGAUUUAUUUGCUGCGCUACGGCACGAUGGCGGCAACAGCCGGCGAUCGCAUUUUCGGUGCGGAAGGUAUGAAAGUGCCCGAGACCAUCACGGAACGAGCGUCGCGAGAAUCAGAAUCCGAAGCGAAGUCUUUCUCUUUGGAAGGAGCACCGGAAGAUGCAGAAGGACGAUCGCGCGGCCCGGCAGAAACCGUGCAGAAAAAACAAAAAGUGCGCAAGCUGUGGAAGCGCGACAGAACCAAAUUUUUGGCGCCGAACGAGCUGGUGUUGGAGCUGCUGGAGCAAGACGAGGACGAGGCAGGGCACGGUAUCCUGAGCAAAAACGUCCCCAGGGAUCUCGCAACAGAAGUCGAGAAGUUUUGGGAGUCACGCAUGAAAAGUUCAUCUCUGUAUUGUAUGUAGUGCAGUUUAGCAAGUGCAGCCGCAUCGCAAAGCCACCUACUCAUCCUGUUUAUAGCAUUACAAAGUCAAAAAUACGAUUGGAAAUGCCUCUCAUGGGGAUGCGUGUUACAAAUCUUCCUGUGAAUGCAAAUCUGCAUGGCUGUCUGGGGUGGGAAUGUUUUUACACAGGAUACACGGGCCCGCAUCGGAACGGACGGAAAAUGCUGUUGACGUUGUUCUCGAUGCAGAAGACCCAGCGGCGUCGUUCAUGGAGGCCCCCUCGCUCGGCACCUUGUUCGAUGCGCUGCCGGAGUGGAUGUUUUUGAAAGACUAUCCAGGAAAAAAACUAUGUGAUGGUAGCUUUGUAGGAAGAGCAGCAUCACAAAUUCGUUUUACAAAGGAAACCUGCCCUGCGUAGCUAGUACGUGAAAACACGUAUGAAAGUGGCCUAUGACGCACAUUCAGCAUGACAAACGUAUUAGUUUUGCAUUUUUUGCAUCACAAAUAGUUUUUUUCUUGGAUAAAGACCCAGAUUCCGUGGUGUACUACACACCGGAAAGGGGAGAUUCGGCCACGACGAUGACCGCCGGGGAACUUUGGACCAACGUUAGAACCGCCGUGGAAGAUGCUGCGGCGGGUAUCUUGGCCUCGAUUAAUCAGCUAAGCACGGAAAAAUGACAAUAUCUUUGCUGGGUCGGAGAGACGAAAACAUUGCGCGUGAUGCUUGGUGCAAGAGCUGUUGUUAUUUCCCGUGAUUCUGUUUCCGGGUAUGAAGAUGUAAAUAGGGUGAGAUACUAAGACUAAGUACUAGUUGUUUUAGCAUUAGAAGCCAGUCCUUGCUCCUUGGAGGUGGACUUUUGCCUGGUGCCCGUUGCUAUUCUCACAGGAAGCGCAAGCUAUAGUGCGCGCAGGAGCUAAUUGUGAGUAGUCCUUGCCAGCCCUUUCAUAACAAAUCGAGAAUGCUGUGGCCUCCAAGCGCGCGGAGUCCACACGACAAACUACGGAAGACGAGAAGACGGCGUUUCUGGAGGCUGACAGUGGAACUGAUGCCACCGGAACUACUCGGGGUCGGGAUUUGAUGGGCCCGUGGACGUUGAUGCCGCGAUCGUUGGAAGACAAAGAGAAACGUUUCGGUGACCGGCCAGAAGUAAAGUUUUUUGGUGAAGCGCAGCAGAUUUUGAAGGAAAUCCUGGGGGGGGAGGACACUACUGUGCCACACGACAAGAUUAUACCGUAUAUUCGCGAAAUUGUAAGCAAAUUCUACGAACAGAUCGCCAACGAACACACAACGUCGAAAGAAAAGUACCGACAAGAACUCUCGGCCGCGCUUCUAAUGCGCAGAGCUGCGACAGGUGAAGCUGAGGCAGAGCGUGUGAUGGGACUCAAAGCGGGGAAGAAAGGAUUGGUGGAUGUCGUCGGCCACGCGACGCCGGAUACGGCGGUCAAGGAAAAAGAAGAAUUGCUGGAAGCGGCGGAGAAAGGUCCUCCGACCUCGCUUCACAUCCUUCAGCGGAUGGGUCUGAGGGCAGUGAAUCUGAUGCGGGGCCCGGGGCUGCUGCAAGUGGCACUAAAUCUGAAGUAG